AUAAAAGAAUUCUGAACUUAUCAGCUGUGUGUUUUGUUUCUGCAGUUUUUCUAGUGCGGUUGCACUUACACCCUGAAAGCAGUACGUAGGAGAAGCCAGCUGCUCGCAGGAUAUUCAGUACAUACCAACGCGCAUAUCAAGACUAAUUUUGAUGGGAACGUUCCUCGGUGGGUGUGACCUCCAUUGGGUACGAAACAGGUAAAGAUCGUUUGACCGUUAGGAAACACAAUCUGUAGGCGAUAUGGUAGCCUUCUUCACCUCCUCUCCGACUAAUGUUCACAAUACGAGGAAAUUCGAAGAACCACAUCUCCCUGUCAGGUGAGUACCUUCCCUCUCGGGAAAUUAUUUUUGGGAAAAUCAUCAAAGCGCCUUAUUCUGCGCCCGCGAGCAAAAUAUUCGUCAGGAGGUUUCUUUUGAGGAUGCGCAGAAGGAUCGAUUUUUCCCAGCGCCGAAUUCAAGUUGGAAUGCUAAUCGAGAAUUUUUCAACGUUUUACGCGGAUUUUAGUACAAAAAUAAGCUGUUCGAGCUUAGUUUUUAUGGAUUAUGGUCUGCGAGGAACCGAUAAGGGCAUCUAUAUGGCAUGCUUUGAGCCAUUAUGCCUAUGACGAUGCAAUCUUCCUUGCUGAACGACUCUUUGCAGAAGUGGGUUCUGAUGACACUCUGUACCUUCUGGCAACAUGUUUCUAUCAAGCUGGUUACUGCAAGAGAGCCUACUCUCUGUUACAAAGCAAAGGGUGCCCUACUCCACUCUGCCGCUUUCUAUUUGCAAAAUGCUGCAUGGACUUAGAUAAACUUGCCGAAGGUGAAAUGGCUCUUACAGGAGGAUGUCUUACUAAUAGCAAGCCUCUGGAGACCAUAGCAUCUGAAUUUGGUUCUGCGGCAGGUUAUGGACUGGCCCUUUUGGGUCAAAUAUGCAGGAAAUCAGAACAGUUUACAAGAGCUGCAGAAUGUUUUAAAAGCAGUCUGAAGUACAAUCCAUAUCUAUGGAGUUCAUUUGAAAAUCUUUGUCAGCUAGGAGAAAAGCCAGAUCCUGCUGAUUAUUUUAAGUCAUCGUCCUGUCCAAAAAUUACAUCUUCCAUUUCAAACAGAGAGCACAUGACUGUAGGAUCUUCCACCAUCACUAUGGAUACCACAAGCCCAUCAGACAAUCAGCGACGUAAAAAUGACUCAGUGUCUUCAGAAAAUCUUGACCCUUCACAGAAUUUAACCCCGCAGAACAUUAGCAUCCUUAUUGGAUCUUCUGUUCCUCCAUCUAGACAAAGCUCAAUUGAAAUGUCAGGUAGCAGUUUUGCUGUGCAGUCUGCGGCUGUCAGUAUUGUGGGCGAAAAGAGAAUGCGUCAGAGGGUUGGUAGAAAUCUUUUAGGAGCUACACAGUCAGCGAGUCCGCUAACGCCAAGUUUUGGAAUGCUGUCAUCGGAUACACCAACUAAUGACCAGAAUACUGUGCCAUUUAUUACCCCAUCUCCAGCUGUUGGUGAAAGCCAUGCCCCUAAAGCACCCCUUAAAAAGGGAGGCAAUCGAAGAAGUGAUUCAUCGGCUAAACCUGUGACGGCCAUCACAUCUAGUGUCCAUAGUGUGCAUUCACCGUCAACACUAUUUACAUCGUCUCCUCAUGGCUCUGGACAUCAGAACUUCUCAUCAAAUGUGCCCAGUGUACGACGAAGCUCACGGCUGUUUACACUGUCCUCUAGUAACAGCACAGUCAGUGGUUUUGAUUCAAGUAACAAAGAUCGAAGAACAAAAAGUGCCAGAGUUUCUUCACCUUCAUGUAGAACUGCUGUUAGUAAUGUAGUAAAAAAGACUCGACGUCAAACAAGAAGCUCCACUCCUCAGCCGUUGGCUCCUUGUGUUGAGAAUGUUAUUCAAGAAGAAUCAUCAGCACAACAAAACACUGAGGGAAAGGGUCAGGGAAAGUUGUCACCCAUUCAAAGCAGUAUGGAUGGGUUGAUGUCAUUAUUGAAGCAGAUAGGCCAAGGAUAUGUCCACCUUAGCUCUUAUGAAUGCAAACAGGCAUUAAAUGCCUUUUCAGCUUUGGCUCCACACCAUUACAACACAGGAUGGGUAUUGACGCAAGUGGGACGUGCCCACUUCGAACUAGCAGAAUAUCAGCUGGCUGAGAAAGUUUUUGCCAAAGUCAAACAACUAGAACCCUACAGAAUUGAAGGCUUGGAUCUGUAUUCUACCACUCUGUGGCAUCUUCAGAAUGAAGUGGCUUUGUCAGCUUUAGCUCAAGACUUAGUGGAAUCUGAUCGCACAUCCCCACAGGCUUGGUGCGCCACUGGUAACUGUUUUAGUUUACAGAAGGAACACGAUACAGCCAUAAAGUUCUUCCAGCGUGCUGUUCAGGUGAAUCCUUCCUUCACGUACGCCUACACAUUGCUCGGCCAUGAAUAUGUACUCACAGAAGAACUUGAUCGAGCCAUGUCUUGCUUCCGCCAGGCUGUCAGGACAGAUUCACGCCAUUACAAUGCCUGGUACGGUAUUGGCAUGAUUUACUACAAACAAGAGAAGUUUAACUUGGCUGAAAUCCACUUUAGGAAAGCUCUAUCGAUAAACCCGUCUAGUUCUGUGUUAUAUUGCCAUGUUGGUGUGGUACAACACGCAAUGAAGAAAUCUGAAGCAGCUCUUGUCACCAUCAACAAAGCUAUGACUAUUGACCCAAAGAAUCCGCUCUGCAAGUUUCAUCGUGCCUCAGUCUUAUUUUCAAUGGAUAAACAUCAGGAAGCACUGGAAGAACUAGAGGAAUUGAAGAAAAUUGUUCCGCGAGAAGCUCUUGUGUACUUUUUAAUCAGCAAGGUCUACAGAAAACUGGGACAAAACCACCUAGCACAGAUGAACUUCUCCUGGGCGAUCGAUUUGGACCCCAAGGGCGCGAACAACCAAAUCAAAGAAGCCAUUAACAAGCGAUAUGUCUCAGAUGAUGACGACAAUACCAUGGGCCUCGAAACCAAUGACACCAUGGACCAAUCUGUGGGCGUUGAUGAUCUUUCGGAUGAAGAAGGGGACUAAUUUUUGAACAAACUUGAAACUAUUUAGCUGCGAGUUAAGACACGUAGCAAAUUGUCCUCUUGAGAAAAUAGAAAAACAAAUUAUUUUACAAGAAUGUCGUUGAUCCCAUGAGCUAAAAGGUGGCCAUUUCAGAAUAUGAUUUUUUUGAGGUUUCUCUAUUGUUCUGGUGAGAUGAAAUUUGCCAAGAUGAUAAUUAAUUUAGUGUUCGAGGAACCCAAGGGACUGGGUAAGACCAGAUGCAUUGGUCGAGGGAGGACUGUAACAGCUUGUUUCAGUUUUACUCCUUCAUGAAUGACAGCUGGAUGAUGGGGACUGGGAGUUAUUUUUGUUCCCAGAAAAAAUCGGAUAGGAAACGCUUAGCUAGUUCGUUAGGUAUGGAAUAUUUUGUGAUAUAAGUUAUAGCCAAUAUGUAGUUUUGAGGUCUUCAAAAUGACCCGAAUCACAUACAUCAAACACUUGUUUCAAUUUAUCAUUUUUUUUAAUGCGAUAGAAAGUAAUUUGUUGUUAUCUAAGUGAUAUUCCAAUUUGAAUUUAAGUAUUAGUGUAAACAUUAAUUAUAUUUCGAAUUCUGAGUUUUUAUACUAAUGUAAAAUGCGAUACUUUUGUCAUUCGAUACAAUCUUGAUUGACACCAUUUUGUUGGCUUCUGCCGUUACUUAGCCAAUCAGAGCCAGGCUAGUUUGAUAGGCGGCGACAUCAAAGUAGUCCUUUACCAAUGAAUUGCGCGUGCAGUUAUUGGCUCUUUGCAUCGUUAAGUAGUUCAAAUGAAAAUGGAAAGCCAGAAACCGUUUUCAAAACUUGAUGGACUGAAAAAUAUUUUCAGUCCAUCUCGUUUCAGUGUUACCAAGCACUGGAAUAUUUUUUUUAAAGCCCAUGCUUCAGAAUCCUGCUCAUUCUAUAAUUCCAACCGUCUCUGACCAAUUGGUUCUAGGAGCUAGAGGGAUGACAUCGUUUCAACGAUUAUUAUUAUUUUUUAAUAAGUUUAGCCCAGUGUAACAGUGAAAAGCAAUUAUUUUUUGAGCUACAGCCCACACCAAAAGUCCAACACAUUCUGUUUUGAUAAGUAGUUUUAACAAGCUCAAGAAAUAACCAGUAACUGAAGUUUUCAGUGCGCAGAAAACAAAAGAAAAAAAGAGAGAGACAAGGAAAGUGUAUCGCUGGCGAUUACACUUUAACCCAAGCAGUGCCGUUUUUGGAGGGAAGCCUUAGUUACCGAAGAUUUUCCGAUUCUUUUCAGCCAAUCGACAAUCGUACGAGCCCGAAGGUAGUCGUGCGUUUUAACAGUAAUUUACCGCGGGCUCAGACAGUUGUCGAAGACGGAUCAAAUCUCUCUGACAGUUGAGAUUUUGAAGAGUCAUAAAUGAUUAGAAAAAAGAAAGACGUUAGCCUGUGGACUGCAGCCAGAUAUUCAGUUUGGGCUUUCUUCUGCAUACAAUUUAGUUGUAGCUCAGUUUAUUUUUUCAGGAGCUAAUACUAGCUUUUACUUCGCGCAAAACUCCAAUUUUUUUGCUUGCCUUUACAGACUUGUUCCCAGGGUCUCUCUUGAGAACAGAGACCUCGAGAACGAGGUGAUGGCCUCUCUAAAUGUGUGAACUUACCAUGUCAGAAUUCGAAGAAUUGUAAACUUUUAUUUAAGUCUAAUUUAUAUCUGAGAAAAAAAAUGAAGGUUCCUCACUUGUAAUUAUCUCUAAUUUUCAACACAUUUUUGGUGUAAUACUAUGAAACUGCUUUUUUCUUUUCUCUUUUUUUUUGAGUAAAUACAUAAUUAUUAUAUUUCCA